GAUCCGUUCACCUGUGCUCAACCUGUUUAUCUGUGCUGCUCCUCCGACUCGUCGGUUUUGUUUGAGUUAUUUCACUCGCCGACUGCCUGGACUUCGACCUCGGUCAGCUACCUGUUUCAAACAAGGAAGUCCAGCCUGUUCAACCCAACGUUGAUGAAGCCGACGGGUCGUUUGUUAAUAGUAGUAAAUGAGCUCGGUUGGUUCUGAAAGGCGGGUUUAUUCGGUAACAUUGGCUUGUGACAAUCCUGGGCUGUUUGUGGACAGUACCAUCUAAACAGGAUAAAGCUGCUUCCACCCUCCCUGGCACAAGAUGAACAUUUCUUUGGAAGACAUGGAUUUAUCAACUGAAAAUAAUUCCAUUGUUCACCUGGCUGCACCAAUUAUUCCAGACAAGUCAGACUUUUCCAAUAUGACACUUAUUCGAACCAGGAAUGGCUCAAUCAUAGAGGACCAGAUGUUUUUAAACACUCUGGCUGCUCAGGGCCUCUCCGGGAUAUUUGUCUGGUCCGCCUUGCUCAUAACAUGCCACCAGAUCUAUACACACCUUCGAUCCUACACGGUUCCCAAUGAGCAGCGCUACAUCAUCCGCAUCCUGUUUAUCGUGCCAGUCUAUGCCUUUGAUUCUUGGCUCAGCCUGCUCUUCAUCAGCAACGACCAGUACUAUGUCUACUUUGACUCUAUUCGAGACUGCUACGAAGCAUUUGUCAUUUACAAUUUCCUGAGCCUGUCCUUUGAGUAUCUAGGAGGAGAGAGUGCAAUCAUGUCAGAGAUUCGAGGGAAGCCCAUACAGUCAAGUUGUCUGUAUGGUACCUGCUGCCUCGUUGGAAUGAGCUACUCCAUCGGCUUUUUAAGAUUCUGCAAACAGGCGACUCUCCAGUUCUGCGUUGUCAAACCCAUCAUGGCAGUCAUCACCAUCAUCCUGCAGGCCUUUGGCAAAUAUCAUGAUGGAGAUUUUAACAUAAAUGGAGGAUACCUGUAUAUCACAAUCAUCUACAACUUCUCAGUCAGCCUGUCUCUCUACGCUCUCUUCCUCUUCUUCUUCGCAACAAGUGACCUGCUCAGGCCGUAUGAACCAGUGCUCAAAUUCCUCACAAUCAAAUCUGUGAUUUUCUUAUCCUUCUGGCAAGGAAUGGUGCUCGCUAUCCUGGAGCGAUGCGGUGUCAUACCCAAUGCACUCUUCAUCGAUGGACAAGAGGUCGGCGCUGGCACCGUGGCGGCAGGCUGGCAGAACUUUAUCAUCUGCAUUGAAAUGUUUUUUGCUGCUAUUGCCCUCCGAUAUGCCUUCACCUGCACCGUCUACCAGGAGAAAAAAAAUGAAGUGCCAGAGAACAUCCCUCCUAUGCAGAGCAUCUCCAGUGGUCUGAAAGAGAGCAUAAACCCAGGUGACAUGGUACAAGAUGCUAUCCACAACUUCUCCCCGGCCUACCAGCAGUACACCCAGCAGUCCACACAGGAGGUGGUGCAGCCCAGCACUAACGGAAAAGUGGCCACAGGCAACAAGAGCUCCCGCAAGUCUGAUAAAAUCAUGCUGAUUACCUCUGAUGAUGAGUUCUAGGCAUUUUUCAAGCAAGAUCCAGGUGUUUGUGUCCUUGCCACCCCUAUCUCUGACCCCCUGGGGAAACAGCUGUAUCGGAUAUCGCACAGAACUGGAUUGAAUCCAGGUGUUUUAAUUUUCAUUAUCCCAGUAUUUAAGAUGGACUGCUUACUUCCUGUCCUGUUUAAUUAAUAAUUUAAGUACCAAGAGGAGGAUGAAAUUAAUACUCUUUAGAAUUGAUAGCUCAGUGACCAGAGAACUGAUCUGUUUCCAUCUCUGCAGUAAAAAUCACAGGAAAACGACAUGUCACCUUCACUUUAUCAGAGAAGUCUGGAGCUAUGCAUUUUCUGUAAAUGAAGCUGCUGGUUGUUCAGCAGUGUCCCUGAUCCUGAUCCUUAUUCUGUUUCUGUCAUUAUGUCAGUGCUCGGUCUCUGGCCGUCUGAAGUGUGUUCCCUCUGAUUCAUGUCGGUUUCAAAGAGGAGAUGAUUAAUAUGUGACUCCAGGUGGGAGGCAGGGAAGCCGGUGAUGGCUGGGAAUGACACUUCAUGGACUGUCUCUCGCAUCUGCUUGUUUGAAGUAUUUGCUGAGCAUUCCUCUGCAUGGUUUCCUGACAAAUGGAAAGAUUUGUUCAAAGACGGAUUCGUUUUGGAGCAGGCACUUCAAACUGCAGACUAUAGCACUUCGCAAUCCUUUGUAUCUACCGUAACAUGGACAAAUUGGAUAAACCUGUCUCCUACAAAGUGGGAGUUGUAUUAUUCUCAUUAAUUUUCCCAGCAUGCUAAAGAGUGUAAUUCAGUGCAACUAGCCAGCAGUUCAACAGACGCUAACAAUUAGUCUUUUUGCAGCUUCUGCAUCAUUGUAAAUUCUUUUGGCAGAACCUUUUUAUGUUUUCACAGCACAGUUUCUGUUAUAAAUCCAUGUUCCCAGGAUUAUGAAAUAUGUACAGAAUUUGUUUGGUGUAAAUUGUGGUGUUUAAUAUGUUAUACUUGUGUAAAGAAUCUCUUUUUAUGAAUUAGGAAAAUGUUAAUGUAUUUAUGUGUAGUUGAGAUGUAGCCAGACAAAAA